UGGUACCAUGGCAAGUCAUAGCGUAUGCGCAAUAAACGUAAAAUACAUAAAUCAUCCUCAAAAGUAAAGCUUUUCAAUUUUUGUCAACAUUUUAUGCACUAGGUAGGCCUUAUAAUUUACCCAUUUUUAUUUCAAAUCAUUUGACCACGAAGAUGCCAGUGAGGAGAGCCCUACAUGCUGGAAGUUGGUAUACAAAUUCAGGACCAGAGCUGUCUAGACAGCUGGAUUAUUGGUUAAAGCAAGCGGAUCUAAGCCAUGGACCAGCCAGGGCAAUCAUUGCUCCUCAUGCUGGCUAUCAAUAUUGUGGAGCUUGUGGGGGGCACGCUUAUAGACAGAUAAGUCCUGUUGUAGUGAGACGCAUUUUUAUAUUAGGUCCAUCACAUCAUGUUCGGUUGUCUGGUUGUGCCUUAUCUAGUGCACAAAAGUAUAGAACACCACUCUAUGACCUGCACAUAGAUUCUAAGGUCAACGAAGAUCUCUCUGCAACAGGACAAUUUGAGUGGAUGGACUUGGACACUGAUGAAAAUGAGCAUAGUAUAGAAAUGCACUUGCCUUACAUUGCUAAAGUUAUGGAAAGUUUUAAACAUCAGUUUACUAUAGUACCAAUACUUGUCGGAUCUCUCACACCAGAGAGGGAAGCAUGCUAUGGGAGGAUUCUGUCUAAUUACUUAGGCGACCCUCAGAAUCUAUUUGUGAUAUCUUCAGACUUCUGCCACUGGGGACAACGUUUUCGUUACACUUAUUACGAUCGUUCUUAUGGAAAUAUACAUCAAUCAAUUGAAGGAUUAGAUAGGGCUGGCAUGAAUAUCAUUGAAACUCUGAAUCCGACAGAUUUUACGAAUUACUUAAAGAAGUACGGAAAUACUAUUUGUGGCCGGCAUCCUAUUGGCAUCCUUUUGCAGGCUGUGCAAGAUCUGAUGAGGAACGAUCGUAGCCAAAGCGCCAGCUUGAAAUUCUUGAAGUACGCGCAGUCCAGCCAAUGCCGUAAUAUGGAUGAUAGUUCUGUGAGUUACGCGUCGGCUGCUUUGGUUUUCGAAUAACCUGAGGCCUUACCUACGUUUAUACAGUGGCUAUCAACCAAUUUGCAACUUCGGUUAUUUUAUCAUACGAAUCAUUAUUUUUGAAUUUACAAUUAAUUUGAAACAUUUUACAAGCAUAAUCCCAAUUAAUUUAAUUUUAUGCAAUUUACAUACAGGUUUAUGUAACCAGUUAUCUAUAUAUAUUGAAAACUUUCAUAUUUCAUUGAGUGGAGCGGGGCGUGGCGUUUCCGUGCUCACUCCUCUUUUCGACCUUGACUUGACCCAUCGACCGAUACUUAAUUAAUUUGACAUACGCUAUCGAGGCGAUAUAUCUCCUAAUGAAUUAAUUUAUCAAUGACGCCUUCUCAAUAUGAUGUAUGCCUUAAAAAAGUAAAGCGAGUGAUUAGGAUUAGGCCUUCCGAUUGAGACACGAAAUACUACCAUAUAUUUCACAGAAGAGACAAAAAUAUGAAACAAAAUCGGGACGAGAAAACCAAAAAAAAAAUAAUUAAAGAAAAGCGAUCAAGAGAAAAGUAAACGCUUAUAUAUAAAUAUAUUUUGGUAAUAGUUGUAAUGCCACUAAAAAUAGCUCAGGUGAAAUUUUUUUCUUUUUUUUUUAGAAAAGAGUAUUACUUUUAUCAACUAUCUUUCAAAGUAAUUAGAGCAAAGAGUAUAUUUUCUCGAUGGAAAUAAAUUUAACAAGAAAAUUGAAAAAUAAAAUCGUAAUAUAACAAACUCAGUCCAAAUAAGUAAAUCAUAUUUAUAUAUACACAUAAGUCAAAGAACAGUGUUCAGAAUUUACGGAGUACUAAUUCAUUUCGAACGUGUAGCACUGCAUAUUACAAGGGAAAUACGUGUUUCUGUUGUUCUGAGGGGGGAAAUAUAUGAAAAUGAUGAGAAAAAUUUCAGGUGCCGCCACGUGCCUAUAUUUGAUGAAAAAAAAAAA